AUGUCAGACCAAUAUCUCUUCAGACCUCAAUUCAUGGCCUUGUCCAACAUCACUUGGUUUAGCCCUAUGUUUUACCUCACUGGUUUUCCUGGAUUGGAAGCCAUCAAACACUGGAUUUUCAUACCCUUUCUCUUUAUAUACCUAGUAGCCAUCUCAGGCAACUGUUUCAUCCUGAUAAUCAUUAAGACUAACCCUCACCUACAUACACCCAUGUACUAUCUGCUGUCCUUGCUGGCCCUCACUGACUUGGGACUUUCAGUGUCCACCUUGCCCACCACUAUUGGGAUCUUUUGGUUCAACUAUCAUGAGAUCUACUUUGAAGCCUGUCAAAUCCAGAUGUUCUGCAUCCAUUCAUUUUCCUUCAUGGAGUCUUCAGUUCUCCUUGUAAUGUCCUUUGAUCGCUUUGUGGCCAUCUGCCAACCCAUGAGAUACUCAGUCAUAAUUACUAGCCAACGAGUGGUUAGAGUAGGUCUGGUCAUCAUCCUCCGGGGUCCUGUGGCCCUUGUUCCCAUUGUUUUACUCCUGAAAGCUUUUCCCUACUGUGGGUCUCAAGUCCUAUCACAUUCAUAUUGCCUACACCAGGAAGUGAUACACCUGGCCUGCACAGACACUACUUUUAACAAUCUAUAUGGACUCACACUGGUAGUGUUCACUGUAAUGCUGGAUCUGGUGCUCAUUGCACUGUCCUAUGGUCUCAUUCUGAAUACAGUGGCAGGACUGGCCUCCCAAGAGGAACGUCUUCGAGCUUUCCAAACAUGUACCUCACACAUCUGUGCUGUGCUGGUAUUCUUUGUGCCCAUGAUGGGCCUAUCCCUGUUACACCGCUUUGGGAAGCAAGCUCCACCUGCUAUCCACCUCUUCAUGGCCAAUGUCUACCUCUUCGUGCCUCCUAUGCUUAACCCAAUCGUAUAAAGUAUUAAGACCAAGGAGAUCCGCCGUGCCUUCAUCAAGUACUUAGGUCUUAGAAAGGGCAACGCUGAAUCCUGGGGCUGA